CAUAAUGGCGUCGUAUAAUUUUUGUCUGUCAAGUUUUUUUUGAACUGCGUUGUUGGAAUGGAAUCGUUGGAGAAAAUAGUGUAUUUUCACAGUAAAUAGUUACGAGAAAUCUUUAAUUCACAGUAUAAUCAGGUAUCCACGAUGGGAGAUAGAAAACACAAGCAAAGCAAAGCAGACAUUGCGAAGCAGUUUGACCUGCCGGAGCGGCAGUCCAAGAUCACAACGCUGCUGAACCAAGCGGGCCAGGCGUACUGCAUAUGCCGGUCUUCGGACAGCUCUCGGUUUAUGAUAGCAUGUGAUGCUUGUGAAGAAUGGUACCACGGAGAUUGUAUCAAUAUAUCGGAGAAAGAAGCUAAGUACAUAAAGACUUACUUUUGUGACCGUUGUCGGGAAGAGGACCCCAGCCUCAAAACCCGUUUUAGGCCACAGAAAAGAGAGAAUGAUGGAGAUUCAGGCCGUGAUGACCGAAAAAGGAAACGUAAAGAGAAGGACCAUUCAGAGAACAAGACGUCUAAGAGACCGAGUAUAAAAGAUGGCUGCGGAGACUGUCCCGGGUGUCUGCAACUUGUUGACUGCGGACACUGUGAUGCUUGUGAGGACAUGUAUAAAUAUGGAGGUGGCAAUAAGGUGAAGGUGAAAUGUAAACAGAGAAUCUGUAUCAAAUCUCGGAAGCCAUCAAAACAAUCUAGUAGCAGCAGAGUAAAGAAGAAGCACCAUGAACGCGAGGUAUAUGACACAUUUGAGGAGUCUGUAUCGCACUUGCAGACAAUGGAACCGAGACAGUGUUACGGACCACAGUGCACCCGGGCAGCUCAGUACGGGUCUAAGUACUGCUCUGCUCAGUGUGGGAUGAAGCUUGCUACGGCUAGGAUAUAUCAGGUGUUACCACAACGCAUCCAAGAGUGGGGCCUGUCUUCCUGUGUGGCCGAGCAGAAGAACCGCAAGUCGUUGGAAGUGGUGCGCUCGGGGCUGGCGCGGGCGCAGGCGGCGCUGCGGGCCUUGGAUAAGCAGCAUCAGGACCUGGAUGCCCACCUCGCGCGCACUAAGAGUGCUAGUAUUGUGCAUAGCGAUGAGAAGGAAGCUGAUGACGAGACAUCAAUGUACUGCAUAACGUGCGGGCAUGAGAUCCACUCCCGCACAGCUGUCAAACACAUGGAGAAGUGCUUCGUCAAGUAUGAGGCGCAGGCGUCGUUCGGCAGCCGGCACCGCACGCGCAUAGACGCGCAGAGCAUGUUCUGUGACUACUACAACCCUAACAACGGCACCUAUUGUAAAAGACUGAGGGUUAUGUGUCCAGAGCACUUCAAAGACCCGAAGGUGAGCGAUACAGACGUGUGUGGAUGCCCGCUAGUCCGCGACGUGUUCGAACCUACCGGAGAGUUCUGCCGAGCCCCCAAGAAAUCCUGCCUCAGGCAUUACCAGUGGGAGAAGCUGAGGCGAGCCGAGAUUGACAUGGAGAGAGUGCGGCAGUGGCUGAAGCUGGAUGAGCUGGUGGAACAGGAGAGGAGCAUCAGGCUGGCUAUGGCAUCUAGAGCGGGCGUCCUCGGUCUAAUGUUACACUCGACGUAUAACCACGAGGUGAUGGAACGCAUCACGGGCAAAGCUAACGAGAACGGCAAGGUGAAGGAGGGCUCUUGACGACGGCGCUACCGCGCACAGCCCGCGGGAC